AUGGACCUAGUGGCAAGUACAACUGACAGCGACGUGACGAAGCCCGCGAGCACCCAUUCCAAAGAGGCGUGGUGCAAGUGCCCAAGGCCGGUGGGUAGGAAUCUUGUCGUCUGCAUCGAUGGGACCUCCAAUCAAUUUGGGCCGAAGAACACCAACGUUAUCGCUCUCUAUAGUCUUGUUGAAAAGAAUGACACACAACUCACGUUCUACGACAGCGGUAUCGGGACUUAUGCAAGGAAAGGGUGGAGGCAUUACAGGCAGAUGUUGGAUCAUAAAAUAGAUCUUGCUAUUGCAUGUUCUCAUCGCGGUUUUCUCGUGGAGCGUACCAGGUUCGAUGUGGGACUCAUCUUCAGGGGAAACCAAGCUCAGAUUCCGUUCGCCUACAAGCUCUACGCAGACAUCAAAGACGACACGACGUCUAAACCUGAUGCUACGACUCAUGAUGUUAAAUUCACUCCAAGGUCGAGGUCCAGGAUAUUGACAGACGAGUUCAAAUCCACCUUCGCAAGAGAAGUGAAAGUCCAUUUCGUGGGAGUGUGGGACACAGUGUCUUCCGUUGGCAUGUUCAGGAAGAAGGCCCUUCCCGACACCACCAUCGGCAUGAAACAUACUCACGGAUUUCGUGCACUAGGAGAGGUGCCCGAGCUCUUCACUAUGCUCAAUAACAUAUUCGCUGGUGCAACGAAAUUCCAAGGCUUCCAGCUGUUCAUCUUGAGAGCUAUCAUGCACGGCUUCCUUCGACAUGGCAGUUCCCAGCUGCAUAGCUUGAUGAGAUACCUCUCGAUCGAGGCAGCAGGGCCUCUUGUCGACAAACUUCUAGCUAUGAGUGCUCAAGAUCCUGAAGCUCACGAAAUUGCACUCUGGCUUUCUCGUAUGAGAGCUGCGUCUAGCCCUGGUGCAACAUGGGUCGCCAAAGAUAAUAUCUCCAUCGCCCUCUCUCCCGACCAGAACUACCUCGCCUUGGGAUCUUACAAAAGCAAGCUCCACAUCUACCAUGCUCGACCAGGCUCAGACUCGCGGGAGAUAUCCUCAGGACAUACCCGAGGCAUCACAGCUCUUGCGUAUUCUCCGGAUGGAAAACACAUCGUGUCAGGCUCGUACGAUUGCACCAUCAGUGUCACAGAUGCGAACACUGGCCGCAUCAUUCGUCCAUGGCCGCUUACAGGGCACACUCUGACGGUCUGUUUGGUGUUAUACUCGCCACAGAGUGGCACUUAUAUCGUCUCUGGCUCUCAUGACGCUACGAUCCGCGUCUGGCAUGCACAGAAGGGCACUUUGGUCGCAGUACCUGACAAAGUCCACGAUGCAGCCAUUACAUCGGGCGCGUUCUCUCGAAAGGGACAGUUGUUCGCUUCUGGUUCCUUGAACGGCAUCAUUCAUGUGUGGAAUUUCACGGCCACUAAUGGCAGUCUGCGGCCAAAGACAUCACUCAAAAUACGACGUGGAAUCGGAGCCGUCCUGUCAUUGUCGUUCGCGCCCAAUAUGGAACUACUCGCCUGUGGCUCGUACGACAAGAACAUCUACAUCUGGAACAUAGAGAGUAGACAACUCCUGCGACAGUUUCUCGGUCACGCAGACCGCGUCAGGUCUAUCGUGUUCUCCCCAAACAGCCGGUACCUUGUAUCGGGUUCAGAUGAUUUCACGAUUCGUGUCUGGGAUAGCCGCACAGGUACCCUCGUCCUACAGCCCUUCAGCGGCCACAAGGAUGGCAUUUGGGCAGUCGCAUACUCUUCCGACGGGAAACGCAUCGUCUCUUGCUCGAUCGACGGUACUCUGCUUGCAUGGAACGCAGAGACGGGUGCAUUACUAGCCCACCACCCAUUCCGAGGGCACACCGACGAUAUUACAUGCGCCGUCUUCUCUGCUGACGGACACUUUAUCGCAUCCGGGUCUAAAGACAACACAGUUCGUGUGUGGAACGCACACUCCGGAGACCACGUCCUCAGGCCACUCAUAGGACACCAAGCCGAAGUGCUGUGCGUUAAAUUCUCCCCGUCCGAUAGAAGAUUGAUCGCCUCGGGCUCUGCAGACGAAACGAUACGUCUAUGGGACGCGAGUACAGACGCACGGCUUUUUGAGCCAUUGCGUGGGCAUUCUGGAGGGAUUACAUCUAUCGCGUUCUCCCCUGAUGGCAAACACAUCACAUCCGCCUCCCAGGACCAUACAAUACGUGUCUGGGACGCACAAACGGGCGAAAGCCUUUUCCAACUUUCUGGACACAAUGCUUCAGUCACCUCCGUGGCCUUCCUUCCAAGCGGUAAUAACAUAAUCUCCAGCUCGGCUGACAAAACAAUCAGACUCUGGGAUGCAGCAGAGGAACGCAAAGAGCUGCAAGGCGAGCCAAUAAAGGCGCGUCGUGCAACAAUGUCGCCUGUCGUUUUCUCCCUCGACAGUACCCAUAUCGCGACCGCGGGAAGAGACGGAUCCAUCAUCGUCUGGACGCAGUUGUUCAAUUCCGCGAGUGGUUGGUCGAGGAAAAAUAUCCCUACACGCUCCAAGAGUACCAGAGUCCAGGGCGGACCUACCGCUUUGGCGUUCUCGCCUGCGGGAAACUAUAUUGCGGCUGCACUGCCGGAUAAGACCAUUCAUAUGUGGGAUGUCGAGUCGGAGGAGGAGGUAUUACUUACGCCACUUCAAGGUCAUUCUGGGACGAUGUCGUCGAUCGAGUUUUCUAUUGAUGGGAGGCGAAUCCUCUCUGCGUCGCUUGAUAAGACAAUACAUGUAUGGGACCCGAGAACGGGCCAAACUAUUCUGUAA